AUGGUACAAGUCCCAUACACAGUAAUUGCACAAUAUCCAUACACUCCGGAAGCGGAAAAUGCCGUUGAUGACUUGGCAUUCGGAACCGGGCAGCUAAUUACAGUAACAGAAGUGGUGGAUGAUGAUUGGCUGUACGGAUCGUACAAGGAUUUAAAGACGGGCGAUAUUUUGAGUGGAUAUUUUCCAAAGAGUUUUGUAGAGACAAAGAAGGAGGAAGAGGAGAAAGAAGAGAAGGAGGAGGAGAAAGAAGAGGAGAAGGAGGAGAAAGAAGAGGAGAAGGAAGAAAAGGAAGAUGAGGUGAAAGAAGAGAAAUUGAAUGAAGCGAACAAUGAAGCAGAGAAUGAAUUUAACGAUUCAAUUCCUGAACAAGAAGUAAGCAAGCAAAAAGAGGCAGUGAAAACAGCGGCUGAACCACAGAUAACUAAAAAGGAGGAAAAAUUGAAUGAUUUGAAUGAAAAAGAACCUGCUUCAGAUAAAAUAUUGUCAUCCCCAAUUACGAAGGCAGCCUUGAAGGAACCAAUCACGAAAGCCUCCGGGUUCAAAGAUAAGAUUAAUGCUUUCAACGAUGUAUCUGCACCACCUCCGAUUCCGGGAAAGGUUCCCGAGGAGUCUUUUGUGCAGAAAAGGUAUGUUGCUCCAUCGAGCAGCUCGGUUGAGGUUUUAACUGCAGCAGAAAGAGAUAUAAUUGCAAGGCGGAAACAGGCAUUGCGAGAAAAGCAAAAAGCCGAGCAGCAAAAGCUAGAAGUGGUGAAAAGUAGGGAGACGGAGCAGCAGCAAGAAGCUGAAGAAGAAAAGGAGGAAGCAGUUCCAAAAAUGACAUUGAAAGAAAGACUAAAGAUGUUGGAGGAGCGUCAAAAACAAGAUGAAGAAGCUCUUGCGGCUGCAAUGAAGAGGAGGGAGGAGAAAAAGAGGCAAAGAGAAAAGAAGAAAGAGGAAGAGGAAAGCAAGAAAGCGGAAAUAGCGGAUGCGGAAAAUGUGGAUGAUGUUGAAGAAUUGAGUGAAGAAACUAAGCAACAGGAAAUGGUAGGUGGAGAAGGUAAGAAUGAGGAAGGUGAUAAGGAAGAAGGUAAGGAGAAAUACGAUGAUGAAAUUGCAGAUGAGGGAAGUGAUAAGGAAGCAAAUGCCGAAAAUGCGAUGGAGGAGCAUAGGAUAGACGAAAAUGCAGAUGAGAACGAAAAAGAAGAGAAUGGGGAUGAAGAAGAAGAAGAAGAAGAAGAAGAAGAAGAAGAAGAAAAUGAAAAUGAAGAAGAGGAAGAAGAAGAUGAAGAAGAUGACGAAGAAUUAAGGCGAAGAAGACUAAGAGAAAGAAUGGCAAAGCUUUCGGGAGGAAUGGGCAUGAUGGGAAUGCUUGGACUGGGCGGUGCUAGUCCAGUAGAACCCAAAAAGAGUAAGAAGAAGACUAAAACAAACAAGCAUGCAGGAGAAAAGCAAAAAGAGACAAGCACUCUUCCUGAAGCAGUUCCUGUUUUUCCAUUUGCGAAGGGCUCACCGUUUCCGCUGAAAAAGCCACUGGAUGUGGAGGAAGAGAAGGAACCUUUGGAAAAUGCAAGUGUGGAAGAAGGAGAACGUGCAAAGGAAGAUGUCGAAAAGCAUCCGUACACUGAGCAAAACCUGGACGCAGUCGCGCCCCCUGUUUCAGAACAUCCGUACACCACUACCUCAUCAGCAACUUCUGCACCGCCACCUCCAAUUCCAACGGGCGGAAUCUCUGCACCUCCCCCGGUUCCUGCCGUGGUUCCUAACAUCCCACCAACACCAACACGCUCUGCACCGCCUCCUAUUCCUGGAAGUGUUCCCGUGACUCAAGAAGUGAAAACAGAGGACUCAGUUGAAAAAACGAAGCUUGCAGGAAGUUCGAGUCUGCAACCACCCCCACCUGUUCCGGGAUCGAGACCUGAGCCGCCGGAACCAACGGGAACGAUAAUGAAUGCUCCACCUGUGCCUAAAGCAUCGACACUUCCGCCUUUGCCUGAAGCAGCAUUGAAAAAUAAGCAAUCAUUGACAAAUGCUGAUUCUUCGGAGAGAGCAGCCACCUCGUUGCAAUACUCAACUUUAUCACAUAACCAAACACCUUCCUUGCCAAGAUCACACCUUCCACCACCACCCCCUCCUCCGGUUCCUCAAACUGAGGCACCUCCAGUCAGGAAUUCGCAGCUUUUUGCCUCAUCCUCAUCCUCAUCACAAUCUCCAGUGCCGGAAUUCGAACCCGCGACUGCAGCCCAGAUGGACGAUCUACAACCAGAAAUACCUGCUGCACAGCCCGAUUACCCUCCGGAGCCCCGUAGCAUACCGUUUACAGCACCACCACCUCCACCUCCGACAGUUCCGGUGGCGAGCCGAGCCGUGGAAGCCGGCGGAAUUGCCGCUGGAACUGCACCGGCACAGCUCCAGCCAAGAAGAACCACCUCGACGGAUUUUGCUCCGCGAAGAAACUCACUCUUCUCUCUUGACCGCGUUUUGGCACAUCGCUCACAUUCUGACACGUGGUAUACGAGAGGAGAGCUUCCGCAACAGUUGAAGGAUGCAGAAGUGUACUUUGAAGUUGAGAAACAUGAAAUUUCCAAGAGAUAUGGGCGCACAGUUGUGUAUGUGGACUAUUAUUUGUUGAAUAAAGACCUUUCGUCGCGUCUGUGGGAGUUGUCGUUUGAGAAAAACGAUGCGUCGACUUUGCUCGGGUGGCACGGCUUCAGUUUUGAAAAGCCAAAGCCAGAUAUUGGCUCCUUAGUCCGGUUUUCCGAAAGUUUGGGAAGCAAAGCUUACCGGGUUGCCGCCUCAAGCCUCAACAUGGACUUUGACGGCCAGCCGGACGGGCUCGUGAGUCACGUGAUUUCGCAACUUCCCUCCUCGGUAGUUCCUCCAGUUGCUGGCAAGACGUUUGGCGCGACUAUCUACCGAAAUAACGACAAUAUUGAUAUCCGGAAGAUUGAGCAAAUUCGCCCUGGUGAUAUUUUCGUUGUGGUAAAAGGUCGGUUUGAGGGAAAGUCAUCGCGUCUGAUUCGGACGAAGAAGGUGCACGAAUUGGGCUUUGAUGGCCGGCCAUAUGUUGGAUUUGUUGCCAGCUUUGAUGAGCAAAAGAUGAAGUUGAAGGUGAUUGAACAGACUAACAACUCAGUCGGGGUUGGCAGUUACAGGUUGGGCGACUUUAAAAGUGGAAAAAUCCGGGUGUUCCGAUUUGUUGAGCGGCCUUACAUUGGCUGGUGA